GUGGUUCUGUACUGUGGUUUGAUACUCGCGCGGGGAAACGUAUGUGUUUGUCCUCCGAGUUUGCAUCUGGUAUCAUCCCAGAUCCCCAUGUCAUUGCUGGCGGCAGAGAGACAAGAGAGGAAAGAGUGAAACUUUGGAGUAAACCAAGCUCAAAACGCUUGCUUCUCCCACCUGUUUGUCAUUAUCUCCGCCUAAAAAGCCACUCCUUCCAAGCAGGUGCUUUUGGUCAUUCUCCAUUGAUUCAGGCAAGAGCCAAUGCACAAUACCCAUCGACGGAAGACUGAAGCAUGCCUCCUCAUCGACCCAUCAUCAGAUCUGAUGAAGGCUUUGUCCAUUUGGGCUUUCAAAAGCUGGACGACAAGAAUUUCCGUGCAAUUCUCAUGAAGCUUCGGACUCCUUGCCGUGAACGUCGUCCGCGGAAAUGCCGUCGGUUGAAUUCCAUUGGUCACAUUCUCUCCAUGCUGCCAAGCAAAGUGGUGUAUUUCAAUGUCGUGGGAAACAAAAGAAUAGGAGACGCCGGCACGGAGCACUUGCACCUCCUUCCCAACACUGUGACAGACUUGGACUUGUCGGAUUGCGGUAUCACAGUACAAGGUAUAAGGAAUAUUUGUGAGUAUAUGAAGACUAACACAUCCAUUCAACGCCUCAUCAUGUGGGGCAACGCCGUUGGCGACGAGGGUGCUGGUUUGAUUGCUGAUAUGUUGCGUGAAAACAAGACGUUACGCAUCCUCUGUAUCAUGGGUAGCAGGAUUGGCGUUGAAGGUUUCAGUCACAUUUCUCGUGGAUUGGCCCACAACAAGACUCUGGAGACCAUAUUCCUUGGGAACGACCAAAAGGUGGGAGACGAGCAUAUUCGAAGACUGUGUCCUGGUUUAGCCGUGAACCAAGGUCUGAAGAUUUUGGAUCUAGGUGGAGCGGGAGUGACCAACAAGGGCUUGGAACCCAUUGAGGUAGCUCUUCGCGAGAACUAUCAUCUCAGGAACAUUCGAUUGAACCAGCCCAUGCAUGAAGAAGAUUACAUCAAGUUAGGACCCGGUACCACAUGGCGGAAGAUAUGCUCUUGGAUGGCACUGAAUGGUCUCAAUCGGAAAGUCCUGCUUCAAGAUGAAGAUGUAUCGAUGUCAAAGUGGCAUGAGAUUCUUCUCAACGCUCACAAAGGCAGAAAUGUCAAUGCUCUUUUCUAUUUUCUUCGGUGUAAGCCGGAACUGUGCCAAACCUUUGCUUCCUUCGAAGCCGGAGAGUGUUGAAGUGAUUUUUACAUGACGAAUGCAGCCAUGGCAGACAGUUACCAAUUUCUAUUUUGAGAAGGGCUGCUUUGAGCGCCCGCUGAAUUGGUUCCACCAAGUCUGUUCAAGAUCAGGCAUCAGAUUGAUAGCAAAUUCAUUCGAAUUAACUUAUAAAUUACAUUUCCCCGGGAGCCGGAGGGGCUAUG